AUGUCACGUCUGGCAAAGAGUGGAGCAAAUGUAUUGAUCAGUGGCAUGGGCGGUGUAGGUGUAGAGACUGCCAAGAACAUUAUAUUGGCCGGUGUCAAGGAGAUCACCAUCCACGAUGUCUCCCUCGCCUCGGAAGACGAUCUCGCCACACAGUUCUAUAUCGACGCCGCCGAUAUCGGUCGCAAUCGAGCGUCGGUGACACUGCCUCGUCUGGCCGAGCUCAAUCCCUACGUCAAGGUGUCGGCGAUCACAACACCAUUCCAAGACAUUGUCGCCGACCUCACAUCCCUCAAACCAUUCAAGUGCGUCAUACUCACCGACUGUUGCAGUCUGGAGCAUCAGCUGGCCAUCAACGACUAUUGUCACGUCAAUGGCAUUCACUUCUUGGUCGCCAGCAGCGCCGGCCUGUUUGGCUGGGUCUUUGCAGACUUUGGCGAUGACUUCAUCGUCUAUGACAAGAAUGGCGAGGAGAUCAAAGAGACAUUCGUGGCCAGCAUCACCAAUGGCAAUCCAGCCACCGUGUCCUGCAUGGAGGGACACAUCCACGGUCUGGAGAACGACGAUCACAUACGCUUCCGUGAAGUCGAGGGCAUGGAUGAACUCAACGGUCAAACAUACAAAGUCACCGUCAUCAAUCCAAACAGCUUCUCCAUCGACUGCGACACAUCAUCCUAUCAAACAUAUACUCGAGGUGGCAUCGUCUCUGAUGUCAAGGCUCCUACAUCAUUAUCAUUCGUAUGUUGUUUCGAGAGGGAGAGAGAGAGGAUGACUGGAGAUGUGCUUAGGUUACUGACCCUUAUUGCCUAUACAUCACAGAAACCACUUAGACAAUCGAUUGGAUCACCGGCGUUCCUAGAGUUUGACUUGAUGAAGGACCCAACCAUGCUACAUCUUGGAAGACAAGCACUUGGCACAUUCAAGGAAAAGAAUGGAUCAUAUCCACGACCCUACAACACUGAUGACUGGCAACAGCUUGUUACCAUAGUCAACGCAGUCAACGAGCAAUACAAGUUUGUCACAUCGAUUGAUGAGGGCAUCAUGAGGAAGCUAUGCUUUACAUCACGUGGCAAUAUAUGUCCGAUAUCGGCGAUACUUGGAGGAUUCACUGCUCAGGAAGCAUUGAAGUCAUUGACUGGAAAGUUCACGCCACUGAGACAGUGGUUGUACAUUGAUGCACUGGAGCUGUAUGACAAGACAGAGGAGGAGAGAGCGACCAGCGCCGCUGGCAAUUGGGCCGCCACACUGGAUGGUCUGAACUCAAAGCGUCUGGCUGCACAGAUCGUGGCACUGGGUCACAAUGCAUGUCGUACGCUCGAGCAGUCAAAGCUAUUCAUGGUUGGCUCUGGUGCAAUUGGAUGCGAGAUGAUCAAGAACUACGCCCUGCUUAGUGUUGGCUGUGGCAACAAUGGAUUGAUCACCAUCACUGACAAUGACCUCAUUGAGAAGUCGAACCUCAACAGGCAGUUCCUAUUUAGAAACAAGGAUAUCAAUAGCCCCAAGUCAAAGACCGCAGCCAAUGCAGCAAGAGCAAUGAAUGAGAGAAUCAAUAUUGAUGCUCAUCAGAACAAGGUGGAGCCAAACUCUGAGAACAUAUAUACUAUUGAGUUUUAUCAAGGAUUGGACUUGGUAGUUAGUGCAUUGGACAAUGUGGAAGCUCGUGUCUAUGUCGACUCAAAGUGCGUGGCCAACAAAAGACCAUUGCUCGAGUCUGGCACACUAGGCACCAAGGGCCACGUCCAAGUCAUUCUACCAAACCUCACCGAAUCCUACUCGUCCCAGAAGGACCCCAACGAGAAACAGACGCCAUUCUGCACACUCAAGUCAUUCCCAUCCAACAUUGAUCACUGUAUACAAUGGUCGCGAGACAAGUUUGAGAAGCUGUUCUGCAUCAACCCUGCCGAGCUUGACAAGUUCAUCACCGAGGAUGACUACAUUGAGAAGCUGCUAAACUCACAGACCAACAACAAGAUCGCCCUCUGUCGCUCACUCUCCAAGCUGUUGGAGGUGUUCCCACAUCGAUUCGAAGACUGCAUCACCUUUGCCAGGACCAAGUUUGAGAAGCUGUACAAUCACAAUGUCCUGCAUCUCUUGCGAUCAUAUCCACUGGAUCUCAAGACUAAGGAAGGAGUACCAUUCUGGACUCUUCCAAAGAGACCACCUACAACACAACAGUUCAGUAGGGAUGAUGAUGGACAUAUCAACUUUGUAAAGCAGGCUGCUUAUCUUUGGGCAAACAUCUUUGGCAUUCAGGUGCCAGAGAACGCGGACAAGCUCGUGUAUGAGUUUGUUAAUGGCGUCACACUCCCACCAUUCAAGCCAAAGAACAAGGUGAUCAUAUCGGACGAGAAGGCACAGGCACCCGUCGAGACAUUCUCCUACGAGCAAUUCAUCGAGCUCACCAAGUCGCUGGAACAGAAGCUCAAGACACUCAAGGCGUCGGAGCACUGGACCAAGUCAAUGUCGCUGGCGCCACAGGACUUUGAGAAGGACGACGAUCGCAACCAUCACAUCGACUUCAUCACGGCAGCGUCCAACAUGAGAGCCCGCGUCUACACGAUCACCGAGGUCGACAGGUUCAAGGUGAAGCUGAUCGCCGGCAAGAUCAUACCGGCAAUCGCUACAACCACAAGUGUAGUCUCUGGUCUAGUGUCGCUCGAAAUGAUCAAGGUCCUAUGCAAGCAUGCUGGUCUGGAGCCCUACAAGAACUGCUUCCUCAACCUGGCGCUACCAUACUUCUCACUCUGUGAGCCAGGUGCCGCGCCCAAGAUCAAGGUGACCAACACCGUCUCCUGCACACUCUGGGACAAAUGGGAGAUUGAAAACAGCAACAUUACCGUUGAGGAGUUUAUCCAAUUCUUCAACGACAAGUAUGGAUUGAAGGUAUCAGGAAUAUAUCAGAACUCUGCAUUGGUGUUCAUGGCUGCACUUCCAUUCCAUCGAAGAAGACUAUCUAUUCCAUUGAAACAGUUGUUGGAGGAUCUUGAAGGCAAGAAGUAUAUUGAUCUCUUUGUUCUGUUUUCGGACAAUGGUGAGGAUGUCAAAGGCCCACCCGUUCGUUUCCUGUUGCAAUAG